AAAGUACGUGAUCGCUAUCAGCUGCAUCAUCAACAAAGGAUUCAGCAAAGGACGCGAAGUCUUUUGGGUUAUUUUGAUGCCACUGAGUGCCGAUAAAUGUCAUCGGAGACUUUUAUUAGUUGAGAGUCGGAAAAUUUUACAAGUUAUUGGAGUCAAAAUCGAUAGAAAAGCCAAGAAUUUUGUGGACGUAAGAAAUCAAGAGCGCAAAAAACACUCGGAACACCGGAUGUCCGAUGAGAUGGAGAUGAUAAGAAACGCGGGUUAUCCUGCAGAGGCUCAUGUUGUACUGACGGAGGACGGGUAUUUUUUAACGAUACAUCGUAUUCCAGGUGGAAAAAAUUCUCCACUCGUGUUUCUGCAACACGGCCUUUUGUGCAGCUCCGCAGACUGGGUCGUAAUCGGCAAGAACAAAGCACUACCUUUCAAAUUGGCCGAUCAAGGAUAUGACGUUUGGUUGGGCAACUUCCGUGGUAACACCUACUCGAGGGCGCACAUUUCUCUGUCGCCGUCGGACCCGAAAUUCUGGGAUUUUAGCUUUGACGAAAUGGGCACGUAUGAUCUUCCCGCGAUGCUCUCAUAUAUCACGAAUCUGACGUCGGAACCAUUGCUUACGUACAUCGGUUAUUCGAUGGGCACGACCAGUUUUUACGUAAUGGCAAUAAAACGCCCGGAAAUCGCUAACAUGGUAAAAGUGAUGAUCAGCCUGGCGCCUGUAGUCUUUUUAGGCAAUACGACAAAUCCACUGCGACUUUUCAUUCCUUUUAGCUCCGAUGAGUAUCUGAUGAAAUUGGAAUGCGAUGGCGAUCUCUUUCAAAAACAGAUCUGCAGAAACAUAGUUUUACUGAUCUCCGGCUUCAGCACUGAACACAUCAAUUAUACGUUAUUGCCCAAGAUUCUAACUCAUUUUCCGUCCAGCACUUCAUUCAAUGCCGUGGCGCAUUUCGUUCAGGAAAUAAAAUCGGGCAAGUUCCGAGCAUACGAUUACGGUAGAGAAAAAAAUAUACAGAUCUACAACGCAACUGUACCACCUGAUUACGAUUUAUCGCGUAUCACAACGCCGAUUGCAUUGAUCCAUAGCGACAGCGAUUCGUUUGUCAAUGAAAAGGAUUUGAAGAUACUUCGUGGCUUGCUGACCAAUAUAGUGGAAGACUACAGGGUGCCGUUUCCCAAAUUUAAUCAUGUCGAUUUCUUGUAUGCCAAAAACGCACCUACGUUAGUGUAUAAAAAAGUGCUGGAAAUCAUGAAAAAGGAAGUAAAUUAUUAACGAAUUAUAAUGCCAGAAAAUCGUAAAUUUUGACGGAAAAUAGUUUCACUUACAA